AUGACCGACAAAGAGCGCUAUGAAUCUCUCAGGCACUGCAGGUGGGUUGAUGAAGUCAUUCCUGAUGCACCAUGGGUGCUUACAGAGGAGUUCCUUGACAAACAUCAGAUUGACUAUGUGGCACAUGAUUCUCUUCCUGCUUUAACGAAUUCCCACAGACGAAGCUCGGUUUGGAAGCGGCAAGGGAUUUUGGAGGAUGAUGGGGGUGACGUGGGUGAUGACUAG